AUCGGCGGCGGGAAGGGCGGCCGCCGGGCGGCGGGGGCGGGAGGAGGCGGCUAGCGCGGAGGGGGAAGGAGGGAGGAGAGCAGCGGCGGCGGCUGCGCCGGGCUGUGCGCCUCUCGCCGCCUGAGGAAGAUGAGGCUGAAGAUCGGGCUCCUCUUACGCAGUUUGCUGGUGGUGGGCAGCUUCCUGGGGCUGGUAGUUCUCUGGUCCUCUCUGUCCCCGCGGCCGGACGAGCCGAGCCCGUUGAGCAGGAUGAGGGAAGACAGAGCUGUUAAUAAUGCCAUGCCUGACCGAGGGGCCAAUGGACUAGCUCCCGGGGAUGACAGAUUCAAACCCGUGGUGCCCUGGCCUCAUGUUGAAGGAGUGGAAGUGGACUUAGAGUCUAUUAGAAGAAAAAACAAGGCCAGACAUGAACAAGAGCGCCACGCUGGAGGAGAUAACCAGAAAGACAUAAUGCAGAGGCAGUAUCUCACAUUUAAGCCUCAGACUUUCAGCUACCGUGAUCCUGUGCUCCGCCCAGGGGUCCUCGGGAACUUUGAACCCAAAGAGCCUGAGCCUCAUGGAGUGGUUGGUGGCCCUGGAGAGAAAGCCAAGCCAGUGGUUUUGGGACCAGAACUCAAACAUGCAGUUCAAGCCAGCAUUAAAGAGUUUGGAUUUAACAUGGUGGCAAGUGACAUGAUCUCUCUGGACCGCAGCGUCAAUGACUUACGGCAAGAAGAAUGCAAGUAUUGGCAUUACGAUGAAAACCUGCUCACGGCCAGCAUCGUCAUUGUCUUCCAUAAUGAGGGGUGGUCAACCCUCAUGAGAACAGUCCACAGUGUAAUUAAAAGGACUCCAAGGAAAUACCUGGCAGAAAUCGUGUUGAUUGAUGAUUUCAGCAACAAAGAACAUUUAAAAGAAAAACUGGAUGAGUAUAUUAAGCUGUGGAAUGGCCUAGUGAAGGUAUUUCGAAAUGAGAGAAGAGAAGGUUUAAUUCAGGCACGAAGUAUCGGUGCCCAGAAGGCCAAACUGGGACAGGUUUUGAUAUACCUCGACGCCCACUGCGAGGUGGCAGUUAACUGGUAUGCACCACUUGUAGCUCCUAUAUCUAAGGACAGAACCAUUUGCACUGUGCCGAUUAUAGAUGUCAUAAAUGGCAACACGUAUGAAAUUGUACCCCAAGGGGGUGGUGAUGAAGAUGGGUAUGCCCGAGGCGCGUGGGAUUGGAGCAUGCUCUGGAAACGGGUGCCUCUGACCCCUCGAGAGAAGAGAAUGAGAAAGACAAAAACUGAACCGUAUCGGUCCCCAGCCAUGGCUGGAGGAUUAUUUGCCAUUGAACGAGACUUCUUCUUUGAACUGGGUCUCUAUGAUCCAGGUCUCCAGAUUUGGGGCGGUGAGAACUUUGAGAUCUCAUACAAGAUCUGGCAGUGUGGGGGCAAGUUACUGUUCGUGCCCUGUUCCCGCGUGGGACACAUCUACCGUCUUGAGGGCUGGCAGGGGAAUCCUCCGCCCAUCUCCGUUGGGUCCUCACCUACUCUCAAGAACUAUGUGAGAGUUGUAGAGGUCUGGUGGGAUGAGUAUAAAGACUAUUUCUAUGCCAGUCGCCCUGAAUCAAAGGCAUUACCAUAUGGAGAUAUUUCUGAGCUGAAGAAAUUUCGAGAAGAUCAUAACUGCAAAAGUUUCAAAUGGUUCAUGGAAGAAAUAGCUUAUGAUAUCACCUCACACUACCCUCUGCCGCCCAAAAAUGUCGACUGGGGAGAAAUCAGAGGCUUUGAAACUGUGUAUUGCAUUGACAGCAUGGGGAAGACUAAUGGAGGCUUUGUUGAACUGGGACCCUGCCACAGGAUGGGUGGCAAUCAGCUUUUCCGAAUCAAUGAAGCUAACCAACUCAUGCAGUAUGACCAGUGUUUGACAAAGGGGGCUGAUGGAUCAAAAGUUAUGAUUACACACUGUAACCUGAACGAGUUUAAGGAAUGGCAGUACCUCAAGAACUUGCACAGACUGACUCACAUUCCUUCUGGAAUGUGCCUGGAUCGCUCAGAGGUUCUCCAUCAAGUGUUCAUCUCCAAUUGUGACUCCAGCAAAAUGACUCAAAAGUGGGAAAUAAAUAACAUCCAUAGUGUUUAGAAAGAAUGAAAGAAACCAGGAACCUACCUACUGACAAUGUACAUUUUACACAGGACUGAAAACCGCCUGAAAACUGCUGCAACUGUUGUUCCCUGUACAGCUCCAAAUCCAGAUCCUCCCAGGAGCCCGAGGACAUUGAUAAAAUGUGAUUUUACAAUAACAUUAUCAUCUGCAGUUCCUGUUUACAAAACUGCUUUUACCUUAAACUUUGUAGAUGUUUACAUCUUUUUGUUUUGUUUCGUUUUAAGAUGAUGUUGGUAAUCUGCUUUUAGCUCUGACUUAGAGUUAAAGGCAUUGUUGUCUUCUUUGGGAUUACACUCAGGGUCUGAAAGGCAGUUUGAUUUUCUUUUUUGUUUGUUUUUAACACACUUGAAAAAAGGUUGGAGAAACCAGACUCUCAUAUAUAACUUGGAGGUUAUCAACCUGUUGUGUCUUUAUUUAAUUUUACAUCUUUUUGAAGCACUGCCACAGGUUAUUAGCCGAGGUGGCCUUCCUUCACGGUCAUGCUGCUUUUUUGAAAGGUGAAUUCAACACAUUUAGUGCCUCUUUCAUUUCUUGGUAUAUGCUUCAAGAGCUUUUGAUGCGAUUUGUAGGAAGGUAAUGAUGGAAUUGUCACCUGUCAGAGGAAUGCUUUUACUACUCAGAACUGAGUUUAUGCACUACCACCUGCUCUGAAAUGGGACGGUGUGUGUGGCUUAGAAAGAUGACUAGAUGGAACAUCCAGGGCGGUCCCUUAGGUGUGAAGAUUGUACGACAUUAGCUCCCUUUCUUGUCGGCAUUCCUAGCGCCCUAAAGCAGCAGAGGGGUCUCCCAACUAGAGGAAAAUUGUCCCCUGGCAUCUGGGAUUGGCUUUUACCCAGUACUUGUCGCUACAGAAAACUAUAAAUAAUUCUCAGUUUGAAACCUUGAAAUGGGGGCAACAAAACACCACUGUAAACACAUCAAAGGUUUGUUCUGACCGAGGUGAGAAUUCUUAAACCCUGUUGGAUUAAGCCUUACAAGACUACUGUGUGUUGUAACCCAAGCUGUGCAAUUUAUGAAGCCAAGAGUGAACGGACCUUUCAUUUAUAUCUUCAUCCAAAUGAAAUUCCCUGCACAUUUUUUAAAUUUAAAAAAGGCUAUUUAAAAAUACAGUCCAUUCACAGAUAUGAACUCCUUUCUGUUAGAUGAUGUGUUAAUUUCCCUACUUUUUUUUUUUAAGGAAGUAUAUUUCUAUUAGUAUUUUUCCAGUGAAAAGAAGACGUUUAAAUUUCACAUUUAUUAAAAUAAUACCUGCUAUAGGAAAACCAAAUACUACAAGUGGUCAAUUAGAUUUUAAGUUCUGUAAUAGUCUUUUAUUACCCACAAGGUUGAAAUGUUAUGUUGAAUGCAAAAAGAUAAAAACAAAAGUGAUGAGGUAGGAAUGGCAAGUAAAUAAAGCAUUUUUGAUCUUGUAACCAUAAUCAUUACAAUGGAAGGAAUUCACAAACUACUGCCAGAGGGAAAUAUUUUUAAUUAGAGCUUAAAAAAGGAAGGGGGAAAAAAACACCUCCAUUUGUUUAAAAGAAAAGCCUGUAAUUUGUUUCUUCCAAGAUUAUCUCUUAAAUUUGGAAAGCGAAACAUCCUAAACAGUUUUAUUUAUAGUUUUGAAUUGUCAGUUUGUACUUUGCUACUGAUCUGUGAUCAACCAUUUUAACUUUCAUUCAUCUCUAGGGAUGUUUAAAAAGAAAUACAUUUAUAUGCUUAUAUAAUUGCAAAAUAAAUCAACUAUAAGAAGCUAAGAGAACUGGUACUUUAAUUACUUGUGUUUGCAAAUAGGUUCCAUUUUCCUUGUUGAAUAGAUUAUAACCUUGUUAACUAUGCAUAGGCCUAAGAAAGGUGGCACAUAAACUGUGCAUGUAAAUUUUAAGUGGGUAUUUUGUGCAAUUCGUUAAGAUACUCUAUAAAAAUGAUCCUAUAUAUUGAAAUCAGAAACCUUACCAAACAAGAAAAACAUCAGAAGCUGCUGCCAUGAUGACUAUUUUCUACUGUAGGCUGCUUUGGAAUUAACUCCCAUAUCCUUGCUUUGUAAGUUGAUACUAUCACUAUGCAUUUCUACACAUUUUAUAAAUUUGAUUUAUGCAAAUUUUGAUACACUGUAUGUUUCUGUAGAAAUUGUAUAAAUAUUCAAAUUUUUAUUAGGGGAAAAUUUUAAAAGUUUAUGUAUAUCUUAAUUCCAGGUUGCUUGUUUUUUAGGUGAGAAAAAAAUAAAAUACUGUAUUUUAA